AUGAACACUGUGUCCCGGCAAAACGCGGCUGAUUCUGGCGCCUUGCAAUGCCGUAAUCCUGGUGCCGCAAAGCUCUCCAAGUGGCGAACUUUGCUGGCGCCUGGUUUCCCCUGGCAAUGCGUGGUGCUGGACCCUGGCAUGACGAUGAGGUGGCCGGUAUCAAACACGAUAGUUAUUUGGCACCCGCACCGCUGUUGUAUGGCCGAUACUGCUCACAGUGGAUGUGUCCUUCGUCCGCCUCGUUGUGCUCGGGCGGGGCGGGCUCCAUGGGCGACUCUUGUGCCAAUGGCGAACUGUGCUGCUGGCGUAUGUGCUCCCCCAGGAUGUCGACCCGACCGGCAGCAUAUUGGCGCUGAGUGCUGUGACGGAGCUGGAGGAGCUGCCGGACGGCAUGUGCUGCGGCGCAUUCCGUUCGCUGUGUUCGAGUCGCGUGUACGUCGAGUCGCUGUGAUGGGCUUCGCGUUGGUGGAGUCCGUGGCGUCGGGCCGCAUGAGUGUGCUGGCCUACCCAGUGGGCCUGCGGAAGGACACGGGCUGUGCUUCAUCCUGA